GAUAUUUAUUUAUUUCAACACAAAAUUUUCGGUUGUUCCCAAACAUGAGUAAGGAUUUGGAGUACGAGUACAAUCGGAAUAACAAAGUUUGGGACCGCAACGAAACUCACACACGCGCAGACGCCCUAACGGAGGGAUUUGUGGGUCUAUUGGCCAUCGGGAGCGUGACGGCGAUCGCGACUGGUAUAAUAACGGCGCGCGGCAGAGCCGGCCUGAAGUCAGCCGCUACGAAAGUACGUAAUAAAUUUUGUAAUUUUGUGCGUGGCACUGCAAAACCGCAAGUCCCGGGUCCUGAUGCAACACGGAAACUAACAGCAUUUGAAAAGAUUGACCUUGGACUGCGGGAAGGGACGGACUUUGCUGCAUAUAAGAAAAAGUCACAGAUAUCGUGUCUUGCCGCGCAACUAACGUCGUCUACAUUAACAGACAGUGUGCAUACGACUGAAACAAAACAAUUAAAUAGAGCACGAGGAGCAGCCGCCAAAAAAGCAUCCGAUUCGAUAGUGUCCCGUUACUUGGACACAUCAGUUGUACCGUAUCCAAAGCAUCCCAUAGAUUGGGCAGCAGGUUUUGAAGCCAAGCAAACCACGUUGCGGGUCGGGAGAAGUGUGCCCCCGGUAUUUCGUUCAGGAACCACAAAAGUUGGAAAGUCAGUUGAAAAACCAGACUUGGUGACUCGAGCUAAAUUACGUCGAUUGAAAAUAUAUAGAGAUUUGGGACAAUUUGCUGAAACACAGCGACCAAAGGUGACGCCUGGAAUAUUGGAGGGAACAGUUCUGAAGCAGUGGAAGUAACAACAACAGAAGAAGCAGAUAUAACAGUAACCAGUAAUUUAACAGCCGUCACUGGACAAGCGGACUUAAGAGCCGCCACUGGCCAAGCAGACUUAACAGCCACAGAGGGCGAAACUGCCAAGCGUUCGUUAACAAAUAAAAAUAAAAAGAAGGAGCAAACGACCAGAAACAACAAAAACAGACGCAGCACAAGCAAGAGCGCUAACGAUCGGAAGCACUGCCGAUCGUUUGAUGAUGACGAAACCCAAUAAACAACAAUAACAAGAAAAGAGAGCAGCAGGCAGCAGAGUACGAGCAGUGUCAUGACGCCAACGCCGCCAGAGACGAUGUCGGAGAGAACGAGCCAAAACAAAGAAGAGAAACCGCCGCGCGAAUCAUGGAUGCCGGGCAGGGGGUCAAAGCGAACAAUUAAGAAAGAUGUGGAUCCAACGCAACCACCAACACCGCUUCUACCCCCGCCAUCCGAAGAGAAACCCAAGCAGAUGGGAGUACCGCGAGAGCCAAAGCAAUCCACAAAGCACGCACCAAAGCAUGAGAAACCACCGUCGUUACCGGCGACACAGCCACGAGUCGGCUCCAGCCGAGUGGGCAGCUCCGUACUGAUAAUGGCCCCCGACGAACUGCUCGAUGCAUACGAGCAGGCGGUGCUGGAGGCCGAGGCCGAGGAGGAGAGCGAGCAGAGCGAAAACGAGCGUCGCGAAUCGCAGCGCAGCGGUAGCAACAGAAAGCUCAGUCCACUCUCGACGCUCGAAGCCGUUCGUGACGGCCUCCUUUUAUAUUCGGCAAAUUCUUAAGAUUCGUACGGCGCCUCGACAUGCAUGGAGGCGGUACCGGGAACAACAUCAACUUUGUUGAGGGGCUCAUCGACUUCCUGGCGGGCUCAUUGGGUGGUGCCGCACAGGUGUAUGUCUCGCAGCCGCUGGACACAGUCAAGGUGAAGCUGCAGACCUUCCCGGAGGCUUAUAAAGGAAUGUUCGACUGCUUCGUGAGCACGUAUCGCAAGGAUGGCAUAUUCCGGGGCCUAUAUGCGGGUUCCCUGCCCGCUGUAGUGGCCAAUGUGGCCGAGAAUUCGGUGCUAUUUGCCGCCUACGGCGGGUGCCAGAAGUUUGUCGCUUUCUUGGUCAACAAAGAGACGACCGGCGAGCUGACGACCACCCAAAAUGCCUGUGCCGGCUCCCUGGCCGCCUGCUUCUCCACGCUCACCCUCUGUCCCACGGAGCUGAUCAAAUGCAAGCUCCAGGCCCUGCGCGAAAUGAAGCACUUUAUCGAGCCCAGUCAUCCGGAGGAUAUGCGUACGCCCUGGUCCCUCACGCGGUACAUUUGGCGCACGGAAGGCUUGCGCGGCUUCUAUCGCGGCUUGAGCUCGACAUUCAUGCGUGAGAUGCCCGGCUAUUUCUUCUUCUUUGGCAGCUACGAAGGCACCAGAGAAUUUCUGCGCAGGAACAAUCAAACCAAAGAUGAAAUCGGACCCAUGCGCACUAUGGUGGCGGGCGCCAUUGGCGGCGUCUGUCUGUGGACCUCCACGUUUCCCGCCGAUGUAAUCAAGAGCCGCAUCCAGGUGAAGAACCUCAAUGCCAGCAUGUACGCCGUCGGUCGUGAGAUUGUACAAAACGAGGGCGUCCUGGCACUCUACCGCGGUCUGCUGCCCUCCGUUCUCCGCACCAUACCGGCCACGGCCACACUCUUUGUCGUCUACGAGUACACCAAGCGAGCGCUUCAUGGCACCCUCUAACGACACCUGGGACCGCGGGCGGUCGCCGUCGUCGUUGUCGUCUUCAUUGCCAUAACUCUUGCGAGCGUUUUUUUUUUUCGUCGUUUAGUUAGAUCAUUUUUAGAUAUUUAGUGUGUGUGUGCCCCCGUCUGUGUACAUUGUUCAGAUAUUAUAUGACUGACUAUAUAUCCAUGCUGUUUGCAAUCGAUGUUGAUUUUCUGAAUGUUUGGAUUGCUGAUCCGCUGAUCCUGGUCUUAGAUCCCGGUCGCCUGGCGCAGACGUCGCUUAAGAAAGCCCCGUCGAUCCGCGGAUGUUUCCAGUUCGCGCCACUCGUACCAAUUGAUCUACGGAAAGCCAAUGGGUAUUAGUAUUUUUAUGGUAUAUGUAGUUUAAGUAAAUAAAGAUAUGUGCAAUAGAUGUAAACAAA